AUGGCACCAAUCACGAGAUCAGCGGCUAGGAAGGCAUUCACUGCUUCAUUUUUGACUCCUUCAGCCAUAAACAUACCCGAGAUCCUAGAAAUGAUUUUGCUUCAGAUAGACAUGCGCACUCUUCUGAUAUCUUGCCAACGUGUCUGUCGCGAAUGGCGCAAUCUGAUCACCAAGUCAUUUCCAAUUCAAAAAGUCCUCUUCUUCACCCCAAUCAAAGAAUUCGAAUGGGGCACGGGAGAAAAGGUGCACAAUUCACUACUAGCAGAAAUGUUCCCCACCUGUUUUCCAGGCAAGGGCGAUGAAGACGACUGCGAAUUUGACUUUUCGGAUUGCGCGAUGACCAAAAGUAGCGCAGGCUUGGAUCGAUUUGUCCGAAAAGGUGCUAGCUGGCGCAUGAUGCUGGUGCAACAACCUCCUAUUCUAGAGCUCGGCCUUUUCCAUAUAGAUUCGUGCAUGGGUGGUGAUAGUGCCCCCUCCAUUAUUAUUCCAGCAAGCCCGAAGCAGACAGCAAACGGCGAGGAGGGCCUUCGAAUGGGGAGACUCUUCGAGAUCUUGCUAUUUGAUUCGACGAUUCGACAUGGAAGGUUCCCGUCUAAACAACUGUGUUGGUCCGCAGACAUGCCUUUUGAUAUUCACUUUAGGCACAAACGCCAUAAAGUCUUGUUUCAUCGAAUGCUGGGUCAGUCAGGCCUGGUCCUAUAUACCAAGCAAGUAAUACAGUGCAUGAUGGGGUACCGGAACACCUUCAAUGGUGGAGAAGCCAAAAUGAACAUCAUUGAAGCGUAUGAAGCGCAUGGCUUGGAUGUUGAUUCCCAAGAAGAAGAGAUUAUAGCCUAUAGAAUAUCGGCGGAGGAGGAACUGGAACGCUCUGAUACAGACUCUUCAUUCGAUGAAGACGAACGAGAAGACCUUGAUGAGUAG